GUUGUAAAAUCAAAGCUCUUCGCGCAAAGACAAAUACUUACAUAAAAACACCAGUACGUGGUGAAGAACCAGUCUUUGUAGUUACUGGUCGUAAGGAAGACGUAGGGAAAGCCAAGCGCGAAAUAUUAUCUGCGGCAGAACAUUUUAGCUUAAUACGUGCUACACGCAAGCCUAUAAUURACAACAGCUGUGAAGCAAUUAAUGAUAGUGUGGAUGGAAAUAAUUGUGGAUCAAUUGAUUUUAGGAAGGUACCGACCGGCCCACAGUCUAUACCAGGUCAGGUGACCAAACAGGUCAGAGUGCCCUAUCGAGUUGUUGGUUUAGUGGUAGGUCCCAAAGGCGCAACUAUUAAACAUAUUCAGCAUCAGACACAGACAUAUAUUGUUACACCAUCUCGUGAUAAAGAACCAAUAUUUGAAGUGACUGGUUUGCCUGACAACGUUGAAUCAGCACGUAAACAAAUUGAAGCUCAUAUUGCUCUUCGCACAGGAACUUUAUCCACGUGUGGUGGGAAUAACAACAGUUCUGUUAUACUGUCAGGUUCGACAAAUGAUGUACUAGCUGUUCACAGCUUGAAUCUUUUAAGCCAAAUCUUAAAUGACCCCUCAAUAGAAUCCGAUUUACUUGUGUCUCUUUAUAAAGCCGAUCGCAUGCGAAAUACGCUUGAAUGCGARGAAGAAAUAGGUGCUAAAGUAUCAGAAACGCCAUACACAAAUAAAAUAAAUUUUAAUGUCAACUGCUUGGAAAAUAAUUCUAUAGAUAAACAGUCUUAUAUGAAACUUUUACAGACUGAUAAUAUACAGUUCCAAAAUUUUAGCUGGACGCACCAAAUUCCUGAUUACAUAAAUUAUUCAACUAAUAAUGCUAAUUUGAAGAAAGCAAGUGAGUCUAACAUCCUUACAGAUGUGGAUAUUAGUCAUCAAUCAUCUCUACAAAAGCAGCACAACAUGUUUACAUCCUCACAGUCUAUUUCUAGUGUAAAUAAUCAGUUGCAAUCCUCACAAAAGAAUCAGCCAAUGCUUUUUGGCAACCUUGGUUGUUAUAUACAAACAAUUAAUAUUGCAAACAAUUCUACUGCUUCAAACAACACGAGUAAAAGUGGUUUCACUCAUAUUAAGUAUAGUAACUCGAAUACACAAAACACUAGUGUAUUGACUGGUAUGGCUCGGUCUUGUUCAUCGGCUUCAUCAACUGCGUCAUCGAAAAGUGCAAAUAACAGUGGUUGUGGUAGUAGCAGCCGACCAGAACUUAUUAAUAUUUGGAAAAGUUUAGGAGAUUCCCUUGAUAAGGAUGAAGGAAUCGGAGAUUCCCCAAAUAUUUGGACUUUACCUCAGCCCCUGUCAACAUUAACAGGGUCUCAUUGUUCCCCGUCAACUUCAAUAAGUCCGACUGAUUCACUUUUGGGCGAUAUUUCUACACAAACUCACCUAAACAACAUUGGCAUGAAUAACAUAAUAAACGAAUCACAUCACGAGACAGAUAAUAUUAAAAAUGUAUUGCAGCAACCCCAAUUUAAAAGGAAGRAUGCAAUAGAAUGCCCAGUUAACAAUUCGGCAAAUCAACGGCGGGAUUGUUUGAUCUGUAAGAGUAAGAAAAUAACUGCUGUUUUGGUUCCAUGCGGKCACAAUAUGUUCUGUAUGGAAUGUGCCAAUUGCAUUUGCGAACUAGGGGAUGCAGUUUGUCCCGUUUGCAGUUUAAACGUUUAUCAUGCUAUGCGUAUACUAGCAUAAGAAUGUACACGCAUAAAAAUAGUAAGUAAGAAUAAUUAGAUGAAUUCAAAUACUUAUUAAAAUUAUAUGUGACCUAUUAAAAUCUAUAAAUUAUUAAGAGCGAUUCGCUUUACGAAUCUUAAUAAAUUAUGUCAAUUGAUACAGUUAUGCAUUUAUGGUAUAUAACCAAGCACGGCAUCGUACAUACAUACGGAAAAUUAACUGUAACUGAAUGACCCAAUAAAUCAUUUCCUACAUAAUAAUUCAUCUAUACAAAUUAUUAGACAUUUUAAUAAUAUACUAGAAUUUGUACGCKUUUGAAUAACGACACUUAAAAGUAUAUUUUUAUAUUUGAAAUUAUAUUUUUAUGUAAAGUAUAAGGCUCCUGUAUGUAUCAGUUAAUAGUAUUAUCAAAAAAUAAUAUACCGCUCAUGCAUUAAGAAAUAAAAAGUUACAACUCUUGUAUGAGAAAUUAAGGUGCGAGGACAAAAAUUUUGUCAAACAUAAAUCAGAAUGUCAUAGACACUUAUCGUACAUUUAUGAGUCUAGUUGUAUUUAUAAUUUUACUUAUGUAGAAUAUGUAUAAAAAUAUAUAUCCAAAUAUAAAUUAACAA